AUGGGGUCAACAAGCUUUGGGAAUUUCAGGGACUUCUGCAGAGACUCGACUCUACCUGUCUGCAAUGUCCUCUCUGAAAGUCGUGACCAGACAGGGUCAUGGGGUGGUUGCGAAUUGCGAGGCAUUUUGUUAAGUGGUGGUCGGCAUCUAGGAAACCUAGGGUCUAUCAUUCUCUGUGGAAUCGCUAUUGCCAUUUCUGCCUUUCUAAUUUUACGGUCAGAGAGAAAGAAGGCUGCCGUUGGUCGAAGGGAAAUGCAGCUAUUUCUACUCGGCUACAUCAUAAUCGAAAUAUGUGAGAUCUUCACUGUCGGCGAGUUCCCGCUGGACAAAACAGUCCGCAUCGCUUUCACUGGGAUACAUAUUGGCAUGAUCAUUGCGACAACAUGGAUCUUGAUGCUGAAUGCCGUCGUUGGCUACCAAGUUGUCGACGACGGGACACCAUUGUUCCUCGGCCUCAUGGUCAUCUCUGCUGCUAUACUUUUUGUUGGCACUGGGUAUAUCACAUUGGACACUGGUCUCGGGUGGACCAGCGAAUUCGACACCCACGAUGGCAAUUACCGAAACAUCGCCCUAUACGUCCUCUACCAGCUCGUGCCUCUUAUCUUCCUGGUGGCAUUCUUCGUUCUGGAGGCGGUUUUGGUUCUGCGUAUCCUCGGCGAGCUUCGGCCGAUGCUCUACCUCGUAGGCGCGGCGGUCUCGUUCGCACUGGGCCAGAUCUUCAACUACACCAUCAGCCCAUACAUCUGCAAUGGGACUUCGGGUAAGAUCGACGGCGCACUGUUCGAGACCUUCUUUACGCUGGUCUCGGUGGGCCUGAUCUGGACGUUCUGGUCAAGCAUCACGGAGGACGACUGGCCAAUCGCACCCCCAUCGGCGGGCUAUCCUUAA